UUGGCUGUCGAUUCCAAGAUCAGCCCAGAUCUCCGAUACAAAACCAAGAGAACUGCCCCUCAGAACUACCACAGCUAACAGUAAGGUGGAGAGACAAAAAAUUCACUGAAAUAUCACCAACUGCCUGAGAACUUUGACAUUGACUAGGCUGUAACUCAUCAGUUGUAGAAGCGAGCCUCUGGAAGUACACCACACCAUUCUGCUCCACCACUGCUAUUCUUUGCGAGCGCAUUCACUUUCCAGGUGGGCUAAUGAAAACCCAUCUAAGAUAUAAGACAACUUUGGAACCCCUCGUCGCGCAAAAGCUGUACUUCUGACUUGUCAGCUCUACUUUUGAAUCGAAGCAUGGCUCGCUGUCAGCAUUUAUUCGUCCUCUUUUUCGGAUGGAGCUAUCUUUGCGGUGGAUACUGCGUGAUGCUGAAAGAUCAUUUCACCGGCCUGAAGAGACAGGCGGAAUCGGGGCAUUUGGGGGACGCUCGGGAUAAAGAUCACUCAAUCAAGGACGAACAGGACCUGCUUUUACAGGAUACAGUUUCGGAGCACAUGCACAUGCUCUACGAGAAGUACAAUAGGGCAGGUUUUCAGUUCAAGGACGGAAACACGGUUCGGAGUUUUAAAGCUCACUGGGGUACUAUCAACGGUAAGCAGCUGCAGAUCUUUAAUCUAACAUCCCUGACCAAGUCGGAGGACAUCCUCUCUGCCACAUUGCACUACUACAUAGGAGACCUGCAGAACAGCAGUGGGUGUGCGAGGCCUAAGACCUGCGGUCGCCACGGCCCCAGGAAACAGGGACACAUUCACCUCGGCGUCUGGAGUUUUGCCUCUGUGGAUAAUAACACGAGGACUCUGGGGCACUUUCUGAUCAACGUCUCCACGCUCCACAGGGACUUUAUAUCGUGGCAGUGGAAGGACAUAACGCGCGUGGUCAACCAGGCCAAGCACCACGACGAGCUGCUGAUCGGCAUCGACAUCGCGUCGCAGGGACGGCGGCCGUGGAAGCGGCUCCUCUCGGACCGGUCGCCGUACGUCCUGGUGUACGCCAACGACUCGGCCAUCUCCGAGCCCGAGAGCGUGGUCUCCACUCUGCAGCGCCACAAGGGGGCGGUAGCCCCCGGGCUGCAGAGGCUAGGGAUGCACACGCGCAACAGCACGACGGAGCGCCGGGUCAGGCGCUCCACCAACAUCCUCCUCCCUCUCCAGAACAACGAGCUGCCGGGGCCGGAGUACCCGUACGAGACGCCCAGCUGGGACGAGACCAGCCCCUACGACCCCCUGGAGAACAAGCCGGCCAAGCGGCCCCGGAAGAAGCCACGCAAGAGCCAGCGCCACAAGAUGCCGCUGCUGCAGUUCGACGAGCAGACUAUAAAGAAAGCGCGCAAGAAACAGUGGAACGAGCCGCGCAAUUGCGCUCGUAGGUACCUGAAGGUUGAUUUCGCAGACAUUGGCUGGAGUGAAUGGAUUAUUUCCCCCAAAUCUUUUGAUGCCUACUACUGCUCUGGGUCCUGUCAGUUUCCUAUGCCAAAGUCACUGAAGCCCUCCAAUCACGCCACCAUCCAGAGCAUCGUGCGGGCGGUGGGCGUGGUCCCCGGCAUCCCCGAGCCCUGCUGCGUCCCCGAGAAGAUGUCCUCCCUCAGCAUCCUCUUCUUCGACGAGGACAAGAACGUGGUCCUCAAGGUCUACCCCAACAUGACGGUGGACUCGUGCGCCUGCAGAUAAUGCCCCCUCCCGGCCUGGCAUCCCCCUCCCCCCCUCCCCCAACAGAGUUCCUUUUUUGCACUGGAAGAGAGACCACAUCCCGACCGCCGACCAAACCCCCGAGAUGCAUGAACGAGCGAGUGAAGACCGCGCCCUCCUCUUUCGGAAGCCGGGGGGUUGACCAUUUCCUGGAGCGGAAUGGUGCAGUGGGCUGUCCUCACCCCUCAGUCUUUCAUACAGGAUGGACGGUUUGAUCCCGCAAACGUCAGCUGCUCGUGAUCAUCGAUCCGACAAACCACAGUUUCACAGACACUGCAGGACAUACCACAGUUCUUAUUUUUUGCUUUUUGUAAUGAAGGAGGCAUGAACUGACUCAGCUACAAUGAAAGACUUGCCUUCUCUUCUUCCUUCUUUUCUAUGAAAUAUAUUGGAGACUAUAGUCCACAAUGGCAAAGACUGCCACCUGCGGGCAUUUAUUUGUGUGAAAGUCACCUGGCGUGAACGUUUCUCCCCGCCUUUUCCUCUCCUCGCACCAUUGCGUUACGUUACAGUAAUGUACAUCUGUGUUCUCAUUUCACUUAGUAGCUUGUAUUAACUAUCUAUGAAAAUCAUGUUAAAAAAGUAUUGUUAUGGCUGCUAUAUCGAGAUAUAUUUGAUUCCAAAGCCAACAUGUGGUUGUAAGUGCAUUUACAGUAGGCUAGUUUUUAGGUGAUCAAUAUAUGUGGUCAAUUUUUGUUGUUGCUGUUGUUUUUUUCAGUUAUAUAUCACCAAUUGCUCAUCAGCAACAUGGCGGAGCAAGCAAGGAGUGUUGCAGGAGUUGCAAGGGGCAAGUGUACUGAGCCACAUGACGUGGACUCCCUCUGUGUCCUCCUCUCUCACCCCUGAAUGGUCUGGCGUUCUUAUUCAGCUUAUGGUUGAGACAUUCACCCCCACCUGAACGCAUCAUGGCCCUCGUGCUGAUGUAUGCACAUGUAUGUGAUUACACAUGAGCAUAAAAGGAACACCAAAUUACAUGGUAUAGCGUAAACACCGCAUUAUUCCAGUCCUUGACGUUUGCCAUGUCUGGAUAGGGAGGGAAUGAACUUUCACAUCAAAACACUGCAGAGUGAAAGCAGUGAUUGGUCAUCGUCAGUUAUUCAUAAGAAAUACCUAUCUGUAGUUGCUGCAUUUGUAUAAAGGG